AUGUCAGUUGCUGUUCUCUUUCUGGUCCUCGGUUUAGAGCUAAACAGUCAUAUUCCAAGAGUAGUAGUAGUAGUAGUAGUAGUAGUAGUAGUAGUAGUAGUAGUAGUAGUAGUAGUAGUAGUAGUAGUAGUAUUGGUCCAAGUGGCACUCCGGGUUUGUGUAGUUUCGGUAAACCAUACAGUUGUGCAAUUUGAGUUCCUUUUGGCUUCAGAUGAUGCGGAGACUUGGUUCAAAGCAAAGCUGAGCACAUUCACAUCCGCCAUUGAGGAGCUACAGUUGCGACCUGAUUUGUUAGUUUUACGCCCUAACAAGGGGUCCGGAGCAGUGCUGAUCGAUCGGAAUGAUUAUGAGGAGAAGAUGGAAAAUGUUCUUCAUGAUUCCAGCAAGUUUGUACUCGAAGAUGACUGUGAAGACCCUAAAGAACUAGAACAACAGAUAUCGACAGAAGUACAGCUUUUACUAGAAGGACACUUCAUCGAUGAAAGCACAGCUCACCAUCUGAAGCCAAAAGGAACUCAAAUUGCACAACUGUAUGGUUCCCGGUCGGGAGAUCAUACGUAUCAUCUGUGA